AUGACGAGCAUCCGGAGUUUUGGUUCCAGGCGGGUCACCGCGGGAAGAACUAGGACUACUACUUCGCCAUACACGACAACAAGAGGCGGCAUGCACAACCACGUCCUCAGAUUCAAGCUGGACUUGGACGUCCCGGAUGCUGCCAACAAGGCCGAGCUCGUCUGCAGCCUUCGACGCUCCGUCAUCGCGGACGAGGAGCAUGGGUGGCUGGACUGGGACACUGAAGGUGACACGCAGCUUCUGGUCGUGAACACCAGUGCUGAGAACAAAUUCGGAGAGAACAGGGAAUCCCGCGUGGUCCCACAAGGCGCGGGAAAGCUGACUGCGCCACUCGAGCAGCACCUAAGGUACGUGGCCUUGUGGGCUGAGCAUGAAGUUCAUGUCGGGAGGCAGAAGGACGAGGAAAGGCAACCUCGUGGCUGA